CUGGACACAAGAGCCUGAUGCCGGAUGGCCACGCUGACAUGGAGGCUCAGUAUGCAGAAGAGACCCCAGGACCUGGGAUCUUCAAAGCAAAGCCAGGAGACCCAUUGCAGAGGCCCGAGGCCCGGCAGCAACCCUGCUCUCCGCUGGGGUGCUGGUGCUCAGGGCGGCGCUGCUAUGUGGGGCUGGGGGCCCUGGCACUGCUGGCUGGUGCGAGUGUUGGCGUGUGGCUUCUUGUGCUAUAUCUGUGGCCAGCAACCUCUCAGCCUACUCCCGGGAACUUGCAGGAUGAGGAGAUGCCUUUGGGUUGCUCUGAGGCCAGCGGUCAGGAAGCCCUGCUCCCCUCGCUCCCCAGAACAGUAUCUUUCAGGAUAAACACGGAGGACUUGCUGGAAGUGCAGGUGAGGGCACGGCCAGACUGGCUCCUGGUCUGCUACGAGGGCUGGAGCUCCGCCCUGGGUUUGAGGAUCUGUCAGAACCUCGGGCAUCUCAGACUCACUCACCACAAGGGAGUGAACCUGUCUGACAUCAAGCUCAACAGCUCCCAGGGGUUUGCGUGGCUCUCUCCCAGAUUGGAAGGCCUCCUGGAGGAGGUGUGGCAGCCCAGGGACAGCUGUGCUUCCGGCCUAAUCGUUUCCCUCAGAUGCUCUGAGUGUGGGGCGAGGCCCCUGGCCUCCCGGAUAGUCGGCGGGCAGGCCGUGGCUCCUGGGCGCUGGCCCUGGCAGGCCAGUGUGGCCCUGGGCUCCCGGCACACGUGCGGGGGCUCUGUGCUGGCCCCGCGCUGGGUGGUGACCGCUGCACACUGCAUGCACAGUUUUAGGCUAUUCCGCUUGUCCAGCUGGCGGGUGCAUGCCGGGCUGGUCAGCUACAGUGCCGUCAGGCCCCACCAGGGGGUUGUGGUGGAGAGGAUCAUCCCUCACCCUCUCUACAGCACCCAGAAUCAUGACUACGACAUUGCUCUGCUGAGGCUCCGGACACCACUCAACUUCUCAGACACAGUGGGUGCUGUGUGCCUGCCAGCUGAGAAGCAAGAUUUUCCAAGGGGCUCUCAUUGCUGGGUGUCUGGCUGGGGCCACACGGACCCCAGCCACACCCACAACUCAGAUACGCUCCAGGACACCAUGGUGCCUCUGCUCAGCGCCCAGCUCUGCAACAGCUCUUGCAUGUAUAGCGGGGCACUCACCCCCCGCAUGCUGUGUGCCGGCUACAUGGACGGGAGGGCUGAUGCAUGCCAGGGGGAUAGUGGGGGACCCCUGGUGUGCCCAGAUGGGGACACAUGGCACCUGGUGGGGGUGGUCAGCUGGGGCCGUGGCUGUGCGGAGCCCAAUCACCCGGGUGUCUACGCCAAGGUUGCUGAGUUCCUGGACUGGAUCCAUGACACGGCGAGGGUUCACUAGAUGGAGGAGAAGCAGCACCCUCAGAUGCAGAAGGCACGGACCUCCUAUCACAUCAGACAGUCACCAGCUGCGGGCCAGUCCCUGGAGCUGGGCCUGAUUUCGAGUCCCUGUUCCUCACCAG